AUUUUCACCGCCCGCAUAAAAAUUCAGUUGAAAUUUCCCCUCCAUAAACCCGUAAGACAUCCCUCCAUACUUCUUCCCCCGAACUAUUUCCUCUUCCUCUGGACAACCCUUUUCUUCCACACAAUAUCAACCCUUCCUGUGGAUUCGUUCAGUUGAACAUAAACUCUUACAAUGGCGGAAGAAGUUUACGAUGGUGCCAUCGGCAUCGAUCUGGGUACCACAUACUCUUGUGUCGCCAUAUACGAGGGUAACAAUGUCGAGAUCAUUGCCAACGAGCAGGGUUCUUUCACCACUCCCUCAUAUGUCUCCUUCAACGAGAAGGAGCGAUUAAUUGGUGAAGCCGCCAAGAACCAGGCCGCCAUGAACCCCCGAAACACGGUCUUCGAUGUCAAGCGUUUGAUUGGCCGACCUUUUAACGACCCCAUCGUCAAAAAGGAUAUCGAAUCAUGGCCCUUCAAGGUCGUCGAGCAGGGCGCCAACCCUCUCGUCCAGGUCGAGUAUCUAGGAGAGACCAAGACUUUCUCUCCCCAGGAAAUCUCUGCUAUGGUCCUUACCAAGAUGAAGGAGAUUGCCGAAGUUAAGCUCGGCAAGAAGAUUGAGAAGGCGGUCAUCACUGUCCCCGCCUACUUCAAUGACAACCAGCGUCAAGCCACUAAGGAUGCUGGUUCCAUCUCUGGACUAAACGUCCUCCGUAUUAUCAACGAGCCUACUGCUGCCGCUAUCGCUUAUGGCUUGGGCUCCAACAAGAGCAACAAGGAGCGUAAUGUCCUCAUCUACGAUCUUGGUGGUGGUACUUUCGAUGUAUCUCUCCUCAACAUCCAGGGCGGUGUUUUCACCGUUAAGGCUACCGCCGGUGAUACCCAUCUUGGUGGCCAAGAUUUCGAUACCAACCUUUUGGACCACUGCAAGAAGGAGUUCCAGCGCAAGACCAAGAAGGAUAUCUCCGGUGACCCGCGUGCUCUCCGAAGACUCCGAACUGCUUGCGAGCGUGCCAAGCGAACUCUUUCCAACGGUGCCCAAACUACCAUUGAGAUCGAUUCGCUCUUUGAUGGCGACGAUUUCUUCCUCCAGAUCACCCGUGCUCGUUUCGAGGACCUGAACGCUAAGGCGUUCAACGGUACCUUGGAGCCUGUCGCUCAGGUUCUGAAGGAUGCCGCCGUCGAGAAGAGCGCUGUCGACGAGAUCGUGCUCGUUGGUGGUUCUACCCGUAUUCCCAAGAUCCAGAAGCUCCUCAGUGACUUCUUUGAUGGCAAGAAGCUUGAGAAGAGCAUCAACCCCGACGAGGCUGUCGCCUACGGUGCUGCUGUUCAGGCCGGUAUUCUUUCCGGCAAGGCUACCUCUGCUGAUACCUCAGACCUCCUCUUGUUGGAUGUCGUUCCUCUUUCCCUCGGUGUUGCUAUGGAGGGUAACAUCUUCGCUCCUGUCGUUACUCGGGGUCAAACCGUCCCUACUAUCAAGAAGCGUACUUUCACCACUGUUGCCGAUAACCAACAGACUGUCCAGUUCCCCGUGUACCAGGGUGAGCGUGUCAACUGCGAGGACAACACCUCUUUGGGAGAGUUCACCUUAGCACCUAUCCCCCCUAUGCGUGCCGGCGAGGCCGUCCUAGAGGUCGUCUUCGAGGUCGACGUCAACGGUAUCCUGAAGGUCACUGCUACAGAAAAGACCUCCGGCCGCAGUGCCAACAUCACCAUCUCCAACUCUGUUGGUAAACUCUCAUCCACUGAGAUUGAGAGCAUGAUCAACGAUGCCGAGAAGUUCAAGAACAGCGACGAGGCCUUCAGCAAGCGAUUCGAGGCGAAACAGCAACUUGAGUCGUACAUCAGCCGUGUCGAGGAGAUCAUCUCCGACCCGACUAUGUCUCUCAAGUUCAAGCGUGGCCAGAAGGACAAGAUCGAGCAGUCCCUCAGCGACGCUAUGGCUCAGCUUGAGAUUGAGGACUCCAACGCCGAUGACUUGAAGAAGAAGGAGCUUGCCCUGAAGAGACUGGUCACCAAGGCCAUGUCCUCCCGAUAAAUGCUUCUCUCUUCAUUUGGCGAAUAUAGGUCAUGGAUUAUAGAUGGGCGGGCGGCUAGGUUCCCUUAAGUCUUGUGGGUGACCUUGAUGCCCAUCUACGCGAAGGAUUGGGAUUGGCAUCUCAAAGGGGAAGGGAACGUCUCGUUUAGUACUGCGA